AUGGCUGUAAAGUACCCGCGAUUCUACGCUACCCCAAUCGACAUCGACGACGGUCCCAGCACCCCAGUAGAAGUCUACGGCUUUGAACAGCGCGAACCCUCCAUAAUGGAAAAGCCCGGCAUGCUCCGCCGAGUCUCCUACGCCCUCGACGACAUCAAAGAGGACUUCUCCCUAAACCUCGACCCCGCCCGUUCAACCGCCAACAAAAUCAAGCGCCGCUCAACCCUGCGCUUCGACGCCAACUUCAAUCCGGACCAGCGGCCCGCAACGGGUACUCAAGCACACCCUCGACCCCCGCGGUCGCGCCCUGUGUCCAUUAUGUCCGUUGACCCUCGUCCUGCGCCGCCGCAGCGCAGUCUGAGCCGCCGUCUCUCGCGCAAAUUAUCCUUCUUGUCGAGCAAGGGCUCCUACGGCAAGAAUGCUAGCAUCUCUUCGCCGAAUUUGAUCGGCUCGUCUACCCAGUAUGCUAGUCGCAGUCAGACCACUUUCAUUUAA